GAUCGUGAGCCCGUGCUGCCCAUAAAGAUACCCGCCAACCAUCGUUUCUCGAUGGCUCCGUGUUUUUCACAUCUCUAGAUCAGAUCCAUUUUUGAAUUCGGGUGGAGUGGAUGCGGCGGCAAGCGGCUGUUCAAAUCGCUCCGUUUAUUAUUGUUUUUAACUUCGCUGGCGCGUCGGUUUUACUGUUUUAUUAUAUUUUUGCCACUGGCUAAAAAUAUUCCUGUUUGUUAAGCCACCUAUUAAAUAUUAAAAUUGUUAAAAAAUAUACCCAAAGCGAGUGUUAUUUUUGUUCAAGUGUUUUAUAUCCCCCCUCUUAUCCCAAAAGAGAAAAAAAACGCAUUCCUGUACACGAAGAAAAAAAAUAUGCGUGUGCGUGUGUAUUAGUGCAGGCUCUCUGCGCUGCAAAUGUGUGUGUGCGAGUGUGUGUAUGCUGCAAUUGAAAACCAAAAUUAAACAAACAAAAAAAAUAGAGUAGUACAACAAAGUAAUGAGAAACUUAACCACCGAGCGACAAUGUGAUGCGAAAAGGCGAUAAAAAAAACGGCAGCAAAAACAAAAGGCGUGAAGAAAGAGAAGAAACGCGGAAAUGCAGUUGAGCGCAUAAUUUAUAAGCCAAGCGACAAACGACGCACACACUCAAAGAAAGCCAAGUACAAAAAACUAAUAGAGAGAAGAAAUAAAUAAGAUUCAAGAAUUAAAAAAAAAGAAGCAUCAGCGGAAAAGAGAAAGAAGUGGAAGCAGCGUCAGUCGUCAACAAACACAAACACAAGCAAACAAAAAAUAUACCUGCGUGCGCUCUCUCUCUCUCUUUCCCUCCCUCUCACUCUCUCAUGCAAAUGUGUGUGUGUGCCAUGUUCUCGAAAAUACACUGAGCGAAACACACAGAAAAAUGUUGCAGGCCGCCAGCAGCACAACAACAACAACAGCAAGUACAAUAGACAACAACAACACAGCAAACACUGAGCACAGUGAGCAUCCGAUAGUAGCGACGCCGGAAGAAAAGACCCAAAGACGUCGCUCCACAUUCUAUGUACCUCUGGUAAUAGAAGACGAAGAAGAGGGGUCAAGUCAAGAUCAUCAUCUGGUUGUUCAGAAAUCCUCCAGCAACACCAGUCUCAGUAGCAAUAGCAAUUCUUUGACCAAUUCUUCCGAAAGCAAAUCUUCGAAAAGCUAUAGUCUUCGGAAAUCGAGUUCCGUGAAGAGCGGCGUGGCCAAGGUUAGUGCUCUCUUCGAACGGAAGACGACGAGCCCAUCGAAACCCCAAAUAAUGUCUCCCCCGCCGCCCUGCGGCUUCAACUGGAGCAUCAGUGGCAGCGAGACGGCGGCCCAGUAUUCCGAUUCCGAUGAGGACGAGGAGAACUCAUCGGAGGCCCGUCAUCGGGAGCAGCUGCUGAAGUCCCUGCCUACCGGUAAUAAUAAUACCCAAACCGCCUCCCCAUCGAAACUCAAGAGAUAUGGUAUAGUACUAAACGUGAUCAGUUUGAAUGGCAGCGAUAAUGAACAGGGUUCUUUGGGUAGUACUACAACAAUACCAUCCAAUACCAAUCUUUUACCAAAUACGGGUAUUACGGCACCCCGCACUCAUUUCAAUGAGGAGAACGAUAUUGUCUUGGCCACGCCCCCGCCGCCCAAGAAGAAUAGUCAGGAGUGCAACGAUUACGACGAUGAUUCAGAGAUCAGUCGCAUGCAAACGAACACCUCGACGCCCAUAAAGCUAAUGAAAUCGCGAUCGCGAACCAAUAUAUUGGCCGUACCGCUGCCCUCUGUGGAGCGGGGUUUGGCUACCUCAUCGAUGGGAAGUACUACCGGUACCAGUACCAGUACCAGUACUACGACUACUACGACAACGCUGAUUACGCUCCGUGCUAAAUCGAAGACCCUGCCGCAAAACCUAUCGCCCUCAGUUGUUUUGCGCGAGGCAGCCGCUUUGGAUGAGCUGGAAAAGAAGCGGGAAAAGUAUCAGGAAAAGCAGGAGAAGCUGCAGGAAAAGCAGCGUCAGCUGUUUGGCGGCAGUACGGUCAGUCAGAUAGUGGGUUCGAGUUCAGGAUCCUCGCCUUAUAAACUGCAAAACAGCUGCUCGGCCACGUCCAUACUGACGCACAGUUUCCCGCCGAAAAACCUCUUUCUACUAAAGUCCACACCAAAACUAUCCGCGGAUAUAGCUGUUGCUCCACCAAAUACCUCGGUUAUUUGCUCGCCCCCAAAGAAAUCCCUCAGUUUCAUCCGAAGAGCCCACUCCACCAAGGUGUCGCGAAGUAACUCCCUGCUGAAACCGAACCAAAGUGGAUUACUGGGAUCGGGAAGUGGUAUUGCAAGUGGACUAUCUGUAAAUCCUUCUUCGGUCAACAUGCAGGGAUCCUCAUCGCUAUCGACUAGCUGUGCCGGAGGAGGAGGAGGAUCGGAUUCGACCAGUAAUAAUGGAAGUUGGGGCAAACACUUUUACCAGCCCUACGAUGUGUGUCCCCUGAGUUUGGACGAGCUCAAUUGCUAUUUCCAGGCCGAUCAUUGCGAGGAACUGAUCUGUGAACGCUUCAAGAUCCGGGAUCUGGCCAUACAUAUGGCAUCCGCAUCCGCAACUGGAGCGGAUCUAUCGGUAACUACCGAGAAUGAGAACGAGACAACGACAACGGCGGCGGAGGACGAUGCGGGACAUCAUUCCGAUACUUCCUAUGAGAAGGCGUGCCGCCGUGGAUCAGCGCCCACUACGCCGAUUUUGGGCAGCAAACAGCACCAGUCGGAGAACAAUGCCACCUCGCGAUUCACCAACUUCUUUUCCAAAAAAUCCAAUCCCCUGAAGCGGACCAAGUCGGUGACCAAAUUGGAGCGUACCAAGCGCGGAUCCGGCGGACUGAGGGGCUCCCGCUCGCACGAGAGUCUGCUGUCCAGUCACGCCGUCAUGUCGACCAUAGAUCUCUCCUGCACUGGGGCGGUGGGCGUGGCGCCGGUGCACCAGUCAGUCCUCGGGCGGCGUCACUGCUUUCAGGUGCGCGGCGGGCCGCGUGGCGAGCGCUACUACUCGUGCGGAUCGCGCCAGGAGCGCGAUCUCUGGAUCUACUCGCUGCGCAAGUCGAUAGCCCCGAAUGCCGAGCACACUCGCCGCACGGACAACUCGCUGAAGAUGUGGGUCUACGAGGCGAAGAAUCUGCCGCCGAAGAAGCGUUACUUUUGCGAACUGCAGCUGGACAAAACGCUCUACGGGCGGACGUCGGUGAAGCUGCAGACGGAUCUGCUCUUCUGGGGCGAGCAUUUCGAUUUCCCCGACAUCCCAGAGAUCAAUGUGAUCACGGUGAACGUUUUUCGGGAGGUGGACAAAAAGAAGAAGCGGGACAAGUAUCAGUUUGUGGGUUCAGUGAAGAUACCCGUUCACGAUGUGACCUCGCGAGUGCCCUGCGAGCAAUGGUAUCCCAUACUCAGCGACAAGGCGGGCGAUAGUCUGGGCAGAACUUCUGGAGGUGGUGGAUCGAGUGGUUCGAAGGACAAGGAGCAACUGCCCACGCUGAGGAUCAAGUGCCGUUUCCAGAGCACCGACAUCCUGCCCAUCAAUGUGUAUGCCAACUUUUUGGCCUAUCUCAAGGAGAACUACAAGAGAGUUUGCGAAACUCUAGAGCCCGUGAUUGGUGUGAAAGCCAAGGAGGAUAUAGGACAGGCACUGGUUCUCCUCAUGCAUGCCCAGGGAUUAGCCGGAGCCUUUCUCACCGAUGUGGUUGCCCUGGAUUUACUACGCGUCGGUGAUCAGCGACUGACUUUUAGGGGCAACUCGCUGGCCACCAAGAGCAUGGAGGCGUUUCUCAAGCUCACCGGCGAGCAGUAUCUGCAGGAUACCCUCUCGGCGCCAAUUAACGAACUCAUCCAAUCGGAAAGGGAUUGCGAGGUGGAUCCCACGAAGGCGAGCGGUUCGUCGGCGGGUUCACUGCAGCGUCAGCAGGCCGCUUUGCGUGGAGCGGUGCGAGGGGCGUGGCAGUGCAUCUUCGAGUCGCACAAGCAUUUUCCCGCCCAGCUGCGUAAUUGUUUUGCCACCUUCCGGGAGCGCCUGCAACAAUUGGGCCGCCAGGAUAUGGCCGACAACCUGAUCUCGGCCAGCAUCUUUCUGCGUUUCCUGUGCCCCGCCAUCCUGUCGCCGUCGCUUUUUAAUAUCACCAGCGAAUUGCCCUCCGCAAGGGCCACUCGCAAUCUCACUUUGGUGGCCAAGACCCUGCAAACGUUGGCCAAUUUCACGAGGUUUCAGGGCAAGGAGAACUUUAUGGAGUUCCUGAAUGAUUUCCUCGAACAGGAGGCCGCUCGCAUGCAGCAGUUUCUGGAGAUUAUAUCGACAAGGCCCGAGCAUCCUGCUCCCGAUUCGAUACUCGAUUGGGCGGGGUACAUUGAUCAGGGCAAGCAGCUCUCCAUUUUGCACAGCCUGCUCAGCGAGAGUCUGGCCAAGCUGCCGGAGGCCAGGCAGCACGAGUUGGAUCCACUGCAGCACAUUCUCGACGAGAUUAGCCGGGCCAAGGAGCAUGGGAAUCUGGGAACAGCUCUGCCUGGAGGAUAUCUGCCGGCCUCCUCCUCGUCGACGCACUCGAUAGCCAGCGAGAAUCAGGAGAAUCGACAGCCGGCCAAUCCGGAUCAGUUGCUGUUGCAGCAGCAGCAAAGUCAGCUGGCCCAGCCGCAGCAUGCGAUUGUCAGCAAGCCUCUGUCGGCGGAGAGGGGCAUUAUGCGGGGAGUUCUGACCCCGAAUUCUUUAGAGAAGAACAUCUUUCGGUACAAUGAUCCCACGGUUAAUGGGGUAUUGCAACAGCAGCAGUUGCAACAGCAGCAGAUGCAGCAACAGCAGUUGCAGCAGCAUCCCCAUCAUCAUUCACAAACCUCCAUUGCGGGAAACCAAUACCUAAGUUCGCCGGGCGGCCUGCAGCAUGCCCAAUCGCAGACCUCGAUGGCCUCCUCCUCGCUCAACGGCAGCAGCAGCAAUUUGUUGCAUCAACAGCAACAGCAACAUGUCCACCCCAUGCAGCAUCCACAUUACUGCCCGCCGGCGCCGCAGACGAGUGCCUCCAGCACCAUGGAGCGAAUGAAUCCGUAUCCUUAUUUAGCGCAUAAUGGCAACGAGUACGAGGCCAGCACGCCAUCGAGCACUCGCAGCAGGACACUGCCACGAAAUGGAAAUGGAAGUGGUCAUCCCAUGGGCAAUAAUAACCAGAGCGGAAGCUACGACGACAUGCACGGCGAGUUCCAGAUACAGAUUUCCGGAUUGGAUACGAGCAGUGCUUUUGUUUGCAAGUCACCCACGCCCAUGAUGAAGUCCAGUUUGGUUGGAGGAGCAAGUCAGGCUGGUGGAGGAGCAAGAGGCCACCACAAGCUGAAUCUAGGAAUACCCGAUCAUUCGGGGGUUUAUGUAAGAGGCGGCUGCCUGAAUCCCAACUCGAAUAUGCCCAAGAACCUGGAGGAUCUUGACGAUCUGUUCAAGUACGCCGAAGAGCACGAUGUGGCGGAGCAUCACCAGCACAGCCAACAGAAUCAUCAGCAGAAUCACCAGCAGCAGCAGAGUCACCUGAAGCCAAAUCCAGGAUUACCACCCGGCAAGGAGCAGCUGUCGGCGAAGAGCAGCCACUGCAGCUCCGGCUACCAGAGCAUCUCCACCAAUCCCUCGCCCUCGCAGUCCUCCAGUCCCGUGGAGAGCCAGCUGAAGGCAGCGAUGGGCAGUCACAAUGCGCCGCUGGCCUUCAAGAAUCCCUCCUACCAGCUGCAGCCGAGUCAGGCGGGCAGAUCAUCGGCACCUAGUAAUCCCCAGCAACAGUUUGGCAGCCGCUUAAAGCCCAUUGGAGGUGGCCUAGUGGCCGCUAGAGCAGCUUUUCUCAACAGCGGUGGCAACCUGGAGACGGCGGCGGCUACACUGACGCCCAGUUCCUCGGACGAACAGCUCUCGGCGGAUAACUAUUUCAGCUAUGCAGCGGCAGCGGCGGCCGGAGCGGGAUUGUCCGGGAAGAUGGAGGCACAGCGCUCGCUCAGCGGCGGCAGCAGCUCCUCCACUUCGGCCUCUGCCGCAUCCACCUCAAAUCUGGGCAAGAAUGGCGGGGGUUCAACGGCCUACGGGCGGCUAAAUGGACCGCUCAAGCGGGAGGAUGUCUACGGGGCAGCUGCAGGACACCAUCAGCAGCAGCAGCAGCAGCAGUUGCAACAGCAGAGGGAUCGGGAACGGGAUCAGGAACUCAAGCAGUAUGCAGGCAGUGUGGCGGGCAGCGUGGGCUCAGCCACUUCGGCGGCCCAGAGGCGACUGAGCUUGGACUCGGCGCGAACGCUUUCCGACAGCAGCACGGAUACGGAAGGACACUGCAAUCAAUUGCAGGAGGGCAAGCGACGCAGGCAGUUGCGCAGCAGCGGCGGCAGCGGCGAGGGAAAGGGCAAUGGCAAUGGCAAUGGCUACGACCAGAACGGGGAGAUCCAGCUGCUGCAGCAGACCCUGGACACGCUCUGCCACACGCUCGACCGCGACGAGGCCGAGCUGCGCGACUCCAGCGACGAGCUGUUCGGAAUCCAGCGGCCAGCGGGCAGCGCCGGCAGCAAUGGCUCGAACAAUCUCAGCCUGCAGUCGGAGUCCACCAUGCGCAGCAUCAUCGACAGCUUCUUUCAAUCCUCCUGCAGACUCAUCACCAUGGAGGAGGAGCUGCGGCGCGAGCAGCUCAAGAUGUCGCUGGCGCUGUCGCACAAGCAGCGCGUGAUCGAGGAGCAGGGCCAGCAGAUAGCGGCCCUGGAUGCGGCCAACAGUCGGCUGCUGAGCGCCCUGACCGCCCUGCGCCAGCGGUACGAGACGCAGCAGCAGCAGCAACAGCAGCAGCAGCACCAAGCACCACCAAAGACCCAGAAGCCACAGUGAUGAGCGGAUGGGGGGCAGGAAUCGAAGGAGGAGGAGG